GGCGGGGCCUGGGCCGGGCAGCUGGUGGGCUGAGAUUUCCCGUCGGAAGCAGCACCGCGGCGCCGGGAGGGACCUGUGCCGUGAGCGGGCGCCGGCGGGGACGGGAGGUAGUAAAGUCUCCUGUAAACAGAAACAUAUCUGAUUCCAUAGUAUCCCCAGCACCCAUUACAAUGUCUGGUCAUGUGGAAGAAACCCAGAGCCUGCAAGUGACGACAGCCCUUGAGGUCCAAGAACAGCAGGCCUGGGGGAGAACACAUGAGAGAAAGACCCUCAACAAGCUUUGUUUUCUGUGAAAAAGUAUUUGUGUACAGUUGCUCCAAUGACAGAGUUACCUGCACCCUUGUCCUACUUCCAAAAUGCACAGAUGUCUGAGGACAACCACCUGAGCAAUAUUGUACGUAGCCAGAAUGACGCUCGGGACCGGCAGGAACACAGCGACAGGCGGAGGCCGGGCAACCCAGAGCCGGUUUCUAAUGGCCGAGCCCAGGGCGGCGCCCGGCAGGUGGUGGAGCAGGAUGAGGAAGAAGAUGAGGAGCUGACUUUGAAAUACGGCGCCAAGCACGUCAUCAUGCUGUUUGUGCCUGUGACCCUCUGCAUGGUGGUAGUCGUCGCUACCAUCAAGUCAGUCAGCUUCUAUACGCGGAAGGACGGGCAGCUAAUCUAUACCCCGUUCACAGAGGACACAGAGACCGUGGGCCAGAGAGCCCUGCACUCCGUGCUGAACGCCGCCAUCAUGAUCAGCGUCAUCGUGGUCAUGACCAUCCUGCUGGUGGUUCUGUACAAAUACCGGUGCUACAAGGUCAUCCAUGCCUGGCUUAUUGUUUCAUCUCUAUUGUUGCUGUUUUUCUUUUCAUUCAUUUACUUGGGGGAAGUAUUUAAAACCUAUAACGUUGCAGUGGACUACAUUACAGUUGCACUCCUGAUCUGGAAUUUUGGUGUGGUGGGAAUGAUUUCCAUUCACUGGAAAGGCCCCCUUCGGCUGCAGCAGGCAUAUCUUAUUAUGAUCAGUGCCCUCAUGGCCCUGGUGUUCAUCAAGUACCUCCCCGAGUGGACUGCGUGGCUCAUCUUGGCGGUGAUCUCAGUAUAUGAUUUAGUGGCUGUUUUGUGCCCCAAAGGUCCACUUCGAAUGCUGGUUGAAACAGCUCAAGAGAGAAACGAAACUCUCUUUCCGGCGCUCAUUUACUCCUCAACAAUGGUGUGGUUGGUGAAUAUGGCUGAAGGAGACCCAGAGGCCCAAAGGAGGGUGUCCAAGAGCUCCAAGUACAGCGCACAAAACACAGAACGGGAGGCACAGGACACUGACAGCAGAGAGGCCGAUGACGGUGGCUUCAGUGAGGAGUGGGAGGCACAGCGAGACAGUCGCCUGGGGCCCCAGCGCUCCACACCCGAGUCGCGGGCUGCGGCCCAAGAACUCUCCAGCAGCACCCUCACCGGUGAAGACCCUGAAGAGAGGGGAGUAAAACUUGGAUUGGGAGAUUUCAUUUUCUACAGUGUUCUGGUUGGCAAAGCCUCAGCAACUGCCAGUGGAGACUGGAACACGACCAUAGCCUGUUUCGUGGCCAUACUGAUUGGCCUGUGCCUUACGCUGCUGCUCCUGGCCAUCUUCAAGAAGGCGCUGCCAGCGCUCCCCAUCUCCAUCACCUUUGGGCUCGUUUUCUACUUCGCCACAGAUUACCUGGUGCAGCCCUUUAUGGACCAGCUGGCAUUCCAUCAGUUCUACAUCUAGCGUCCCACUCCCAGCGCCCCGGGGCCGUCCUCCUUUGAUUGUAAUAAAAUCCCGGGGCACAUGGUGAUUUGCCUGUGUCCCCAUCUCACCAAGUCACAAUUCCCAGCUGGACCUCGGCAGCUUCUCCCGGGUUUUCCUGACCGUCCACACUGGGAGGCUGUGGGCGGAGGUGUCUGGGAAGUGGCUUCGCGUACUUCAUCAUGGUGGGCCAUGUCCCUCGGGGUGAAACCCACAGAUUUGAAGGACAAAGACAAGCAAAUGUGCGGGCCCGGAAGCUGCUGUGACCACCUGCAAUGUGACCCUUGGCUGCAGGAGAUCCAUCCACGCUGCGAGCUCUCAGGACUACCAUUCCCAGGAGGUUAAAUGAAGUAAUUGAAACCAAACAGGACUCUACCAGAAACUACAUGUUGGAAAUCAACUUAAUAAAUCUGUACUAACUGAA